AUGGCAGCAAUGAACAAAGAAUAGGUUGACAUGGAUAAUCCAGCAUUCGCCUAACAAGAUCCACAUCUUAAAAUAAAUGAUGAGGAAGAAAUGAGUUUACCACCUUAAUUUAGAAAUCGUUACCCAAGAAGACCACCACUUUUUGAUGGUUUAUUGAACAAUGUUAGGGCUGUUACAAAAAAAGUAGAACAUAUCAAAGGAUUUAAAUUUGAAGUAGCUGGAGGAUUAUCCAGUAAUUUUCAUUUAGCUCAUUCCUGGAUGAUUCCACCAUCAAGCAAAGGCAAGGCACCUAAUCCUAAUCCUAUGAAACAACCUCCAGUUCCAAGUUACACUCUAGCUGCUCAAUAUUUAGGAGGAGAGUUGAGAACUCCAUUUGAUCAACCUUCUUAUAUCAUGACAGGAAGAUGGGACUCUACUGGUAAAUUGGAAGCUGCCAUUAUAAAGAAAUUGAAUGAAAUGUUUAAUUUUAGAUUCAGCGCAUUCUAUUUAGAUUCUAGUCCAAAUAAUGCACAAGUCCAUUUUGAUUGCGAUAUAACUGGAGAUGAUUAUGUUCACUCCGUUAAGCUGGGCACAGGAUUAUACAGUUUCAAUAUGAUGUAAACCAUCGGAAAGAGAGUGGUACUGGGAUAUGAAAUGAUGACAUUGACUGAAAGAAACAUGUCAUUGAUGAGUUAUGCCUUUAAGUUUGGAAUCAGCUAAAAGUAGAAUUUGUAUGCCUAAUACGUUGGAGCUGCAGAUUAAUUAAUUCUAGCCUACAACCAUAGACUCUUGGACAAAGCUUACUUCAUGUCAGAACUUGAAUACUCAAAUUAAUCAGGGGAAUCCAAAACUAUUCUUGGCUACAGAUAAAAGUUUGCCACUUCUGAAGUCAUAAUCACUAUAAAUUCAAAAAUGAAGUUCAGUUCUGCUUUAACUUUGUAAGGAUUCGCUUAUCAAUUAAAAUUAUGUGCCGUUGCAGAUUACAAUAAGGAUUCAUAUAAGUUUGGUUAUGGUAUUGCGAUGGGUUAAGUUUGAUAACUAGUAUAUUAAAAAAGUAUAUAUUUUCAAGUUUUAGC